GCCACCUUAAGGUGCUAAAGCAUUCCAUCCCUCCCCUAAUUAUUCUUCCUUCAGGACGCUGUUAAAAUCUAUACUUCCUGAAGCCUCUCAAGCCGCUUACCAUGGCUACAAUACCAGUCGUUGUCAAGCACCAAGGCAAGCGUUACGAUGUCGAGCUCGACCCAACGUCGAAUGGCGAAACAUUCAAGUUCCAGCUGUAUUCGCUCACCGGUGUUGAACCAGAGAGACAAAAGAUUCUAGUCAAGGGUGGCCAGCUGAAGGAUGACACUGAGCUCUCUACCCUCAAGGCAAAACCUGGACAGACCUUCAUGAUGAUGGGCACUCCUUCCGGAGCGGAGGGCUCAGCUGGAUUAGUGCGUCCAAAGGAAUCGGUCAAAUUUCUGGAAGACAUGACGGAGGCUGAAGCCGCACAAUCUGAGGGAGCCACACCUGCAGGGUUGCAAAAUCUUGGGAACACGUGCUAUCUCAAUUCAACCCUACAAACGCUUCGCAGUAUUCCGGAACUUCAGCAGGAACUCAUUAAAUACAACUCAACGGGCACUUCUGGUAGAUCAUCUGGCCUGGGUGACUUGAGCGCAUUUGGGCUUGGGGGUUUGGGGGCUUCUUCCGACCUGACAGCUUCCCUACGAGAUUUAUACAAACAAAUGUCUGAAACCCAAGAAGGAUUCCCGCCGCUUAUGUUCUUAAAUGCUCUUCGAAACGCAUUCCCACAAUUUGCCCAGAAGGCGAAGAACGGCCAGGGAUAUGCUCAACAGGAUGCGGAAGAAGCUUGGUCCCAGAUAUUGACUCAAAUCCGACAGAACCUGAAGACAAAAGAGGGGGGUAACGAAGUGUCUUUUGUUGAUAAAUUCAUGUCCGGGAGUUUUGAAUCUGUUCUCGAGUGUGAUGAGGCCGCUGCAAGAGAAGCUGGUGAACAGUCUGUCAACUCAUCUGAUGUUUUCCUAAAGCUAGAUUGCCAUAUUGAUAAGGAUAUCAACCAUUUGGGCGAUGGAAUCAAAGCCGGCCUCGAAGAGAAGAUAGAGAAACGCUCUUCUACCCUUGAUCGAGAUGCUAUCUACACUAAAAGGUCCCGCAUAGCUCGCCUGCCCAAGUAUUUGACAGUCCACUUUGUUCGAUUUUUUUGGAAACGGGAGACAAAGACUAAAGCCAAAAUUAUGCGCAAAGUUACUUUCCCUGCAGAACUUGAUGUCGUUGAGUUCUGUACCGAUGAGCUGAGGAAGCAGCUGAUUCCGGUGAGAGAUAAGGUGCGAGAGAUCCGGAAAGAUGAAGAAGAUGCCGAACGCGCCCGCAAGCGUCAAAAGCUUGCUCAUCGCCAAGAAGAGGAACGUAAGGCAGAUGCGGAAUCAGGACAAGCUGCAGAACCUUUACAGAAGAAAACAGAGGCUGAAACGGCCAACGAGAAGGAUAAUGACACUGCUAUGACGGAUGUUUUUAAGUCUGACGAGGAAUACGAAGCCGAGAGGCGAGCGGCUAUAUUGAAAGCUAAAAAGGAGCUUUUCGAGCUGAUUGAUCCAAGUCUCGCCACCGAUGAUGGAUCCAAUCAGUCGGGCCUGUAUGAGUUGCGAGGCGUCAUCACCCACCAAGGUGCUAGCGCUGAUAGUGGCCAUUACACUGCCUAUGUCAAAAAACAAGGACGAGUUGUGGACGAUGCAAACACGCCCGGCGGUAAGAGACGCGAAGAUGAUGGGAAAUGGUGGUGGUUCAAUGAUGACAAAGUUUCUGAGGUUGAUUCUGAGAAAAUCGAGACAUUGUCUGGUGGAGGCGAAUCUCACUCGGCCCUUAUUCUUCUCUAUCGAGCAAUUGAUCUCCCUAGCAAAGAUGAAGUGCAGUCCUAGUUACGGCUUGAGGACACGCCUUUAGAGCGCUUCGACUUUUCCCCUCAAAUAUCACACCCCCUUUCCCCUAGGAAAGGGUCUUAGGAGGCAGAGCAAUACAAUGGCACGAAUUAUUUGUCUAUGGAUAACGAGUUUCAAUGACGAAUCAUGUAUCGUAUAGAUGGAAAAAACUUUCCAAAUGAAAUUUAGUAAACAUGAUUAAUCGAUUGUAACAUGCAUUAUACCUCAAUAUAGCUCCCUACAAAAGUUUCUUUACGGUUGCUAAUGGUUUAAAGACCAGUGGCAGUCUCUAAUAUAU